GAAACAUUUUUCUGGGUUCUGAAAUCUUUAACCUGUACUGUAGCUUUUAACCUUGUCAUGUCUCGGAAUGUUUUAACCGUUCCCCCUCUCUCUCUCUUUUUGCGGGCACCCCCUCUUCCUCUCUGAUGUUACUCAACACCUACUGCCGCGUCGUUUUCCAAGGAGGUCCCGACUCUCCAAAUAUAUUCAGAUUUCCAUGGAGCACGGACUGCAGGGUGCACACGGGUUCACAGGAGAUUUGGGGGGCUCCAUGCCAGUACCUCCCAUCUUUGACCAACGACAAACCGUUGCGAUCACGGCCGGGUUUUCUGCUGCGUCCAGCUGAAACCUCCGAAGGGGAAACAACGAACGAGAAGUCAAGAAAAUAACACAGAGAGACAACAAGGAAAAUAAACAGAUCGGCAUGCAUCGCCAUAUGAGCUGACUCCAGAAAGAGAUAGGCUGAUCUUCGCCUCGCGCAUUGCCAAAAAUCUCACGAGGUCAUGAGUGCUUCUCCUGACCAGAGGAUCGGGUCAUCAAUUUGUGCCGCAAAAGAAUCAUCAGUUUUCAGGUUAUCUCUGGUAAUUUGUGGAGUGGCCGAAUCUUGGACGAUGAUGGUUCUUGAAUCUUGAGGUUGCCGCUGGAUCAUCAUCACAGCCGGUUUAAUCAGAUCAGAUCCCACCGGUAAUUCUCUAGCCUGCCGCGGGUCGGGCUGUUCCCUUUUGCAUUGCAUGGUGGUGGAGAGAAAGAUGCAGCCUUCGCCGCCACCGGAGCACAGGAGGGUGCUCCGCUUCGUCACCUUCUUCGCCCUCUCCCUCCUGGCCUUCUCCUGCUGGGCUCUCGUCAGCUCCCGGAUCAACCGCGCCAUACUCAUCGCCGCCGAUGCCGACGAGACGCCAUUGCUCGCCGGCGACCACGGCACGCCAUUGAUCCCGGCAGCCGUGCCUGCCAGUAAUAAUCUCAGGAUCAGCGAUCCGGCGGUCCGGGAGACGCCGCCGUUGGCACGAGGCAGAGGAGAAGGAAGGGGCGAGGGAUCAUCAUCAUCAUCGUGCGAUGCGGACAACGCGCAGCUGAGGGUGUACAUGUACGACCUGCCUCCGGAGUUCCACUUCGGGAUGCUGGGAUGGGACGCGAAGAAGGCGGCAGCGGCAGGGGCGUGGCCGGACGUCCGUGACACCGGCGGCGUGCCGCACUACCCGGGCGGGCUGAACCUGCAGCACAGCGUGGCCUACUGGCUCACCCUCGACAUACUCUCCUCCACUGCCCCCGGCUUCGACGGCAGGCCCUGCGUGGCCGUGAGGGUAACGAACGCGAGCCAGGCGGACGUCUUCUUCGUGCCCUUCUUCGCGUCGCUGAGCUACAACCGGCACUCGAAGCUGCAAGGGAAGGAGAAGAUGAGCAGGAACAGGCUCCUGCAGGCGGAGCUGGUCAAGUACCUGGCCAGGCAGGAGGAGUGGCGGCGCUGGGGCGGCAAGGACCACCUCGUCGUCCCGCACCACCCAAACAGCAUGAUGCAGGCCAGGAAGAAGCUCAGCGCCGCCAUGUACGUGCUCUCCGACUUCGGCAGGUACCCGCCGGACGUCGCAAACCUCAAGAAGGACGUCGUCGCUCCCUACAAGCAUGUCGUCCGGUCUCUCCGGGACGACGAGUCGCCCACGUUCGACCAACGGCCCGUCCUCGCUUACUUCCAAGGAGCCAUUCACAGGAAAGAUGGUGGAAAGGUUCGUCAGAAGCUGUACCAGCUGCUCAAGGACGAGAAGGACGUGCACUUCACCUACGGGAGCGUCCGGCAGAACGGGAUCAGGCGCGCCACCAAAGGCAUGGCGUCGUCCAAGUUCUGCCUCAACAUCGCCGGGGACACCCCCUCGUCGAACCGCCUCUUCGACGCCAUCGUCAGCCACUGCGUCCCCGUCAUGAUCAGCGACGACAUCGAGCUCCCCUUCGAGGACGUCCUCGACUACUCGGAGUUCUGCGUGUUCGUGCGCGCCUCGGACGCCGUGAGGAAGGGCUUCCUGCUGCGCUUGCUCCGGGGAAUUACCCGGGACGAGUGGAAUACAAUGUGGGAAAGGCUCAAGGAAGUUGCUCAUCACUUUGAGUAUCAGUACCCUUCGAAGCCAGAUGAUGCUGUCCAGAUGAUCUGGGGAGCAGUGGCUCGGAAGAUGCACUCUCUGAAAUUGCAGCUUCACAAGAGUGGUAGGUUUCAGAGAACACAUUCAGAAUCCUGAGCCAUAGCUUGCAAUUUUGAUCCCAAGUGGAAAGUUCUGAUCUCUUCAUUAGAUCAAUAAGACAAGUUGACCCAUAUGCCUGACAGAUUCUUAUGUUCAUUUUGCAACCCAAGUUGCAAAUGGCAUGUGCAACUGAUGUUUGACUGAAGGUAGUAAUAAUAGGUGGGUAGUUGUGAACAUUGUGCAUAAUUCUGGCUAAUUAUUAUGGUUUAUUUAUUUGAGAGGCACUUUUGCUA